AAAAUCCACGGCUACAAUAAUAAACUUUCGAAUGAAUCAAUUUGGUGUAGUAAAUUUGUCAAGACAUGUUGAGAAUCAGUGUCAAACGCAUCUCCACCAUCAUUGCUACAAACACCAUCAGCACCUCGCUGUUCACAACGCCGUAAGAUAAUUUUCUUUUUGGUGCUGGUGCACUGCUUCCCUUUUUUCCACUCGCAACCAAAAUCGACCAUUUUUCUUUUCGUUUUUGUUUUUUUUUUUUGCUUUUUAAAGCAUCCAAAAUCCGAAUUCGUUUCGCAAAGUUGCUUUUGUUGUUUUUGUCGUGUGAAAUUUAAUCGUCGGAAAAGUGCCAAAUCAUGAAGAAUGUAUGUGUGUAAUUUGUUGAAGUAAAAAAAAAGAGUGAUGAUAUUUCAUCCGACGACAAACGAGAGAAAAAUUAAAUGGUGAAUUCGAAACCAGUGCAUCGCUUUUUGGUGUGACAAUCACAAAACAACGAGCGGCAUCAUUCUAGUUUUAAUCUUUUUGAAGGCAGCAGUGAUCCAAUUCAAUCUUGUUGAAAGUAGCUUUCAAUAAGGAGCGCCACUUUUUUUUCGCGUGAAAAACGAUGUGAUUUUUUGUUUAACUCAGAACGAAAUAUAUAAAAAAGCAACACAACACUUAUCAGCAAUCGCAUAUCGGAUUUUUUUUUCCCACAACAAAUGAUUCAGAGUAAUUUCCGCGCAAAGGAGAUAGCCAAUUGCAUGCUAUUCAUUUUCAUGUGAUUUUCAUAUCGUGUCAAUCAUCAAAUAAGACUCGAUGUCAAAGUUUCAUUCAAAUCGAAAAAAUGAGAUGGAAUUUCGUAUCGGCGAUAAUGAAUGUCGCAUCACUUGGUUUCUGGCCAUUUAUACGGCGAAAAAACUUUUUUAUCGUUUGGAUUAGUGUCGUUCUCUUUACCAGCGAUAUUCAUCAAAUCAAUGGAGAACCCAAUAAAAGUUUCCAAAUGAAAACUUUGUGCAAGGCUCAUUUCUUGCAAAUGGUCUAUCGGAAAACGGACGGUGCUGUACUGUGGUCGCAAAACGAACGCAACUUGGAUUGUGCGUUAACAUUUCAAACACAUUCCAUUCUGCAGCGAUUUUUGGUACGCUUUGAUGCUCUUCAAUUGGACUGUAACGAUCAUCUUUACAUUUAUGAUGGAGCACAUGCAACAGGAGCACCUAAAAUGGACAUUUCUUGUCGAAAUACAAAGCAAUCAGUUGGAAACAUUAUCACUCAAAGUAACUUUCUGACGCUUAAAUACAUGACCGAUGGCUGGGGCACCGAUUCCAAUGGAUUCAAACUCGUUCUAACGGCCAUUAAGAAUAUCA